ACUCAAUAAAACAGAAGAUCGCGUAACGGGCCAAAGUCAGUAUCCAAAGUGGAGUGAAACGGUAAACUCUCAUACCACAAGCGUGAAGGAAAUUGUUUGUUGUUGUUGAAAGCAAGAGUGAAAUUUUCCGAUUAAAGUGUCAGUAUAAAGUGUCGCCGCAAAAGAUGCAAUUUUCAAACAGUGCCCGAUGGAUCGCACUCGGUGUGGCGGUAUCCUUCCUGAUGACCAUCCGCAUCAGUGAUGCGAGGCCACGCGAUGUCUGGGACCAGCUGACCAGUGAGGGUGGAAAAAUGUUCUACAAAAUGUUAGAGUACCUAAGUGAUUACGAUGAAUUCGAUGAUGAAAAUGCGUACAACAAGCGGGAGGGUUCAGCCGCUCUGCUGGCGCCAAGUAACCGAGUAGAUACCGGAAUCAAGGGCGAAAAGUGCAAGCUACCCCAGCGGAAGGGAGUCUGCCGCGCGCUGCUUCCCAGAUGGAGGUACGACCCCGAUUCCAAGACGUGCCACGAGUUCACCUUCGGUGGAUGCGACGGAAACGCCAACAACUUCAUGUCGUACGAAAAAUGCAUGGAAACGUGCAAAGGAGUGUGAUCUGCCAGACAGGGGAACGUUUUUCAUCGUCGAGCUAUUUAACCACAUUUAACCGAGGGAUAAUCUCCAUGAGCGAGAAAAUGGAGAAAGAGAAAAAAAAACAUGAGGUACAAAUAAGAAAAUAAUAUGAGCUGACGAAAAGAGUCAUCAUCCUGUCAUCAUCGACAUUGAACCCAUUGCCCCCACCAAGUGAUACUUUUAAGGCUUUAAGCGGUAACCCCCGAAAUGCGAUUGUUGCCUUCGACAAUUAGUGUUAGCGAGUGAAAGUUUUUGUGCUAAGAAUGUUUAAGAUAUUUAUAAUAUUAUUACGAUACUGAUGGUACUGAUAUAAACGUAAAUAAAACACCCUUUUUUGAAAUU